AUGCCAUUCAGCAAAAUGUUCUGCAUUGAUGCUGAUCUGCGCGAAAUUCUCUUUGCAGCUCUGUCUCCAAAACAGAAGGAGUUUGUGGACGCUAGACAGGUAUAAUA